CCAGGACCCUGCAACCACUAUAUCUGGUCUCCCACAGUACACAGACUAUGGAAAUGCAAUUAUUUUAGUAACUAUUAACUGCUAAAACCUUUUAUCAUCAGCAGUUAGAACAGUCUUGUGACUUCUGCAGAGCACAUGUUAAUACUUGUAGGAGGAGUUUUCUUUCUGCUCUAGGAGGAUGCAAAACCCCUCUGUCUGGACAGUGCUGAUUGGCCCUGUGCUGAUCACAUGCACUGUCCCGAGAAAAGAAAACCUCUCUAGCAAUACACAACAAACUGAGCUUGUGCAUGUGGCUACAGGUUCUGUCUGUCUUAUCAGGAGAUAAGACGUGG